UUCGCCUUGUGUUUGUCGCACAUACCAAACAACGAGGGGGGCUCAGUGCUGUUUCCCAAACCCAGGGGGGUUGUAAGUGAUAAUUAGAAGGAAACUUUAUCGUUGAAACGAUCUACCCGAUCGGAGUUGUUUGAACUUCGAAGUUGAAAAUUUUGAAGUUUGGUAAUAUAGUAAACGUUGUAGAGAAAGAGAGAAACACCAACAACAACCGAUGAUGGGAAGCGAGUCGACAACAACGACAACAACAUGGGUAGGAAGGAAACCAAUGAGAAGAGUAGGUGGAAUGUCUGAUGCGCUUUCCAUUGCUUCUGAACUCGGUUUCUCUCUUCCCAAUUCACAGGAGGAGAUCCAAAACUUAUCCACCACCACUGGCGAAAAUGGUGAUGAUUUGAUAAGGGUCUUGAAGGAACUUACGGCUGUUCAAAGGAAGAUUGCAGAUUUACAAGUGGAACUUCAAGGUCGAAAGGAGGACAAAAAUGUUGCUCAUCUGACACAUGUCAGUGAAAUGGAAAAGAAGAUUGAAACAUUGCAAAGGAUUACUACUAUUUUGAAGGACGUUAUUCAGAAUAAGGACCGCAUAAUUGCUCGCCUUCAACAACCAUAUUCAUUGGAUUGCAUUCCUGUUGAAGCUGAAUAUCAGAAACAAUUUUCAGAAUUGCUGAUGAGGGCUGCUAGUGACUAUGGUGCUUUAACGGCCUCUGUAACAGAUUUUCAAUGGAGUCAGAAUUUUAAAGAACCACCAACAGUAUGGGGGGAAAUGCUUCGCCCAAUUCCUGUCGCUUUGGCAUCUAGCACCCGAUUCUUUGAAGCCAUGUCUGCUAUGAGAGAGUCAAUUGCAACUCUGCAUGCUUUGAGAGUUGGUCAUUCUUCUUCCCUGUCUACAACACCAAGCAACGAUCCUUCUCAAACAACACUUGGAGAUUCUGAUUGUGUGACUCCUCCCCCGUGGAGAACAGAAUCAAGCUUCGAUGAUUUAGCAGUUGGAAGCUUGAGAAGGCAAGAAAGUGAGCCGCAAGAAGUUAGUGAAAUUGCAAAAGGUGAUAGUAUGAGCCAAAGGAGAUUGUCAUGGCCUCCUUCAGUUAAGAACAUCUGAUAAUGGUAUCAAUAUCUUGGCAUGCUGGUGAUAUUUUUAUCCCCAUUUCCAUGAAUUUAUCAUUUUGGUUCUCUUUGUAUUCGUUUAGUUGUUUGUAUUUAUCGGUGUCUGAUGGGUGCGUUUUUCUUUUCAUUACUUGGUUGAAGGAGGUCCCUUUAGCGAAUUUCCUCGGACAUUUGUUUGCUUUUAAUCUUGUAAUUGUAAUCUCGAACUGCAGCAAUUACUGGCUGUGUCCAAAAUGAAAAGAUUGGUUUUCACAGA